AUGAUGGAAUUAAUCAUUCUCAUCUAUAUAAUAAAAACAAUGGUAUUUCAGAUAGUGUGUGGACAAUGUAAUAUAAAUGCUUGUGAAGUAUUGGAAAUGGUCAGCAGAGGUUCCAGCGUUAAUCACAGUCCAUCUGUAGACCCAUGCACUGCUGACAUCCAAUGGCGACAACUGGAUCGUAGAUUGAGGGCUAUUGAACAAUCAACAUGGACGAUCAGUUAUGGUCAAUCGCGAUGGCGACAGUGUUCCAAAAGUGUAUGUCAAUGCGAUACCACCCGGCGAUCAUUAAACUGCUGGAGAGCUGGUCUAUCCAAUCUCCCUACAGACUUGAUAGUUCCUGCUGAUGUUGUAACUAUAGAUCUGGGCACAAAUAAACUGCGAACACUGCACAAAACUAUAUUCAAAGGAAUGCGCUUACUCGGCGAGCUGGACAUGUUUGACAAUUAUGUAGAAUAUCUACCAGCUGGAAUAUUUGAUUCACUCGCCAAUCUCAAAAUACUACGUCUUCAGAGAAAUUAUCUUGAGGAAAUUGAUGGUGCGGCGUUUCGGUAUACAAAAAAACUGUUUCAUGUAGACCUGUCCAAUAAUCAUUUGUAUACACUUCCGGAACAACUAUUUGCUAAUUGUUCUGUAUUAGAAACAAUAGAUAUUUCCAACAACCGUUUAAAAUAUAUACCUUCAAACAGUUUUGUGGGACUCAAGUCACUUUCUAUAUUAGAUUUAUCAAAGAAUAGAAUUCAACGAAUAGAAAAUGGAACAUUCUUGCUUGCCACCCUACAUAUAUUAAAACUAUCAGAUAAUAGAAUAAGUAAUAUAUCAGAAAACGCUUUUAAAGGUCUUGUUUCUAUAGAUACAUUGCUGCUUGACAGAAAUAAGUUAAGAUAUAUACCAAAUCACCUUUUUUAUAAUCUCGAAACUUUAACAUUUCUGGAUUUAUCGAAGAAUCAUUUGAUAAGAUUGACUGGCGUUGAAUUUGAAAAUCUUAAUACACUGCGUUAUUUGGAUUUAAGAGAAAAUGAUUUAUCGGAACUUUCUGAUUAUAUAUUCUCUAACUGUUCAAAAUUGGAAACAAUUGAUUUAACUAAAAACAAAUUGCGUUUUUUAAAUUACACGUCGUUUUUUGGAUUAUACAAUCUUGUCUCAUUAUUUCUAUCGGAAAAUAAACUGUAUGAAGUACACUUUAAGACAUUUUACACGCUAAAAAAUCUUACAACAUUGCACUUGGACAAUAAUAUGUUCCCGUCACUGCCAUCCCGUACUUUGGAUUACAUGCCUAAAAUAUCAAUCGUAAAACUAUCAGGCAACCCCUGGCAUUGCGACUGUCAUACCUUAUACAUAUCUGCUUGGGUUCGUCUAAACGAAAUGAAAUUAUGGGACUACUCUCCAACAUGCGUGUCGCCCUGGUACUUAGAAGGACACUUUCUGAAAAAUCUUAAAUUUCCGGAACUAUGUUCCGGUCAAUGGGCAAGCAUGGUGAAUUUAUCUCCGAGACUUCCUAUUAAACAGUUAUUGGCGCUCAAUGUUUCAGUCAACAGAAAACCACAAGAUAGUAUGGAACAAAACCAUGAUGUCACCACUGUAGAUACCUGGCAUUGA